CUCCGCCCCCAGUGCACCAUGGGAUCUGCAGUCCUUGUGAGUCUCCUAUUCUGCCUAGUGACAUCAUCAGUAGGUGCUGGAGUGGGCGGAGCCAGUCAAGGUGGCGCCGUGCUGUGUCCUCUGCAGUGUGUGUGUGAGACGAGGCCUUGGUACACGCCACAGUCUGUAUAUCACCAGGCUAAAACCGUGGACUGUAAUGAACUCCACCUGCAGAGAGUUCCUGCCAACAUUUCAUCAGACACACAGGUCCUUCUGCUGCAGAGUAACAACAUCUCAUCCAUCACCACUGAGCUGCAGAGUCUGACCAACCUGACAGAGCUGGACCUGUCCCAGAACCACUUCACACAGGUCAGCUCCAUGGGUCUGUCCUCUCUGGGCCGGUUGGUGACUCUGUACCUGGAGGAGAACCACAUUGAGGAGCUGGAGGACUUUAGUCUGAGGAAUCUGUCCAGUCUGGAGGAGCUCUACAUCAACCACAACCACAUCUCCUCCAUCGGACCCAAAGCCUUCGCCGGCCUCACCAAUCUGCUGAGGCUCCAUCUGAACUCGAACCGACUCGUUGCCAUCGACAGUCGCUGGUUCGAGUCUCUGCCAUCUCUGGAGAUCCUGAUGAUAGGGGAGAACCCUAUCCUAGGUCUGGAGGAGAAGAACUUCCUGCCUCUGUCCCGCCUCCACAGCCUGGUCCUGGCCGGGAUGGGUCUGGCCUCCGUCCCCUCCGCUGCCUUCCUGGGCCUGGACUACCUGGAGAGUCUGAGUUUCUAUGACAACAAGCUCAGGUCGGUGCCUCGGGACGCUCUGAGCGUGCUCCCUAACCUCAAGUUUCUGGACCUGAACAGGAACCCGAUCAGCCGGAUCCAGCAGGGAGAUUUCCAGAACCUUCAGCACCUGGAGGAGCUCAGUCUGAACAACAUGGAGGAGAUGCUCAUGGUGGAGCGAGCCGCCUUCCAGAACCUUCCAGAAAUUGCCAAACUGGAGAUCUGCAGCAACCCCAGACUGUCGUACAUCGACCCCCAGGCCUUCAGUGACCUGUCCUCCCUGCGGACGCUCCUCCUCCACAGUAACCAGCUGAGCCUCCUCUCCGGUGAUCUCCUCUCGUCCCUCCCGUCUCUGGAGGAGCUCUCUCUGCACUCCAACCCUCUCCGCUGUGACUGUCUCUCCUCCUGGGGGCCUCACCUGGGUAAUCAGUCUCACCUGAAGCUGCUGGAGUCCUCCAUCACGCUCUGCUCUGCCCCUCUUCACCUGGUCGGCCGAGAGCUGCAGGAGGUGGUGGCGCUCGGCUGGGGCGGGGGCGGAGCCAACAGCUGUCUGCCUCACAUCUCGCCUCACGCCUUCCUGCCCGCCAUGAACAUCAGUGCCGGGCAGCCUAUCACGCUGGAGUGCUGGGCUGAUGCUGACCCUGCCCCCCAGUUUUACUGGGUCACACCCACUGGAGACAAGGUGAGCUCGGAAGCAGUGGCUGCACCAAUCAUAUCAGAGGAGGGGCGUGGCCUAAGCAGAAAGAAGAAGAAGCACCGUAUGUCAGAGCCUGGCGCCCUGGUCAUCGAACACGCCGAGCCGUCAGACGCAGGUGUGUACACCUGCGUGGCGUGGAACGUGGAGGGAGCGGACACCAAGAGCGUCUCCGUGUUUGUGGACUCUCAGGGCCCGGUGGGCUCCUGGUCGGGCGGGGGGAGCUGGUGGGGAGCUGAACCCAGCAGAGAGCAGCCGUGGACGGAGAACUCGUCUGCAGCUUCGCUGGUGGUGAUGGCCAAGGUUGUGCACGCUCAGUCGGUGGUGUUGGAGUGGAAGUUGUACCCCAGCAGAGGACCUUCACCUCUGGGUCAGAACCCGCAGGACGCCCCCCUUCCUCUGCCCCACUGGACCAGUGCCACGGUGCACAUCGACAACCCUCAGAUCAGCUACACCACCAAGGUUCCCGUGGACGUUCAGGAGUAUAACCUCACUCACCUCCUUCCUGCCACUGAGUACCACGUCUGCCUCACCGUCUCCUCCUCCCCUCCCUCCUUCUCCUCCCCCUCCUCCUCUCCCAGCUCCUCCCCGACCUCCAUUUCUCCCUCCUCCUCCUCCUCUCCUUCCUCCCCCGUCCACACCUCCUGCCUGAACAUCACCACCAAAGAGGCGGGCUUCUCUGUGGAGAUGGUGGCGUCUCGGCGCAGCAGUGUGGCGUUGGCGGCCGUCAUGGGCUCCAUGUUCGCUCUGUCCAUCAUGGCGCUGCUGGUCAUCUACAUGGGCCGCCGCGUGCAGCAGCACAAGUCCUGCGGCCACUCCCUGAAGAAGUACAUGCAGCACGCCACCUCCAUCCCCCUGAACGAGCUGUACCCGCCGCUCAUCACGCUGUGGGAGAGCGAGGCCGAGAAGGACAAGGAUGACAAGGAGGAGGAGGAGAGGGAGGCAGGGGGGAGGGAGGAAGAGGUGGGGGGGAGUCAGAUCGACACCACAAAGACGUACAUGUGGUAG